AUGUCAGUGACUGCCUACUGUGUAUUUUGCUGUAGAAAAAUAGGAACUUCUGGACCAGCUACAAAAAGCCACCUACCCUGGAAGGAUAUCAGAAAAAUUGCGAAGGUAACUGGAUCACUUGUAUUAGGAGGCUUUGUAUUCAUUACAUAUGAAGUUCUAUCCUUAAAGAAGUUGUUGAAAAUUGAUACUCAAGCUAUAAAUCAAGAAAAACUUAAAUCCUAUGUAUAUGUGCGUCCAACUUCUCUGGAUCCAAGCGAAUAUCAAGGGAUUACAUACCAAGCAAGAAGAGAAAUCCAUAGAGCUGUGAGGAAAAUUCUAGAAACAGAAGCUAAAAUUCUCCGCAGACCUUUUAAUGAACACUUCAGCACCUUUGAUGGAGAAGAUCAUGAAUGUGCCUUGUGGCUCCUUUUAAAGAGAAGCCAGUCAGAAGACAGAGAGGUCCGGCUGCAGGCUGUGCAGGAGCUCGCAGAGAACAGCCACUGGCAUGGUUAUCAGUACAGCACAGUUGCUCAAGCCUGUGAUCAAAGGACUGCUAUAGGUUUGGCUCGGUCCAAAGAUAUUGACCUUCGGUUUUUCCUGCCUCCACCAUCAUUGCCAAAAAUCAAGGAUGAUUAUCCCAUAGAAGAUGAACUUCGUUUAUUGCUAGUAUCUUUACCUCAGAGUGGUAUUGACCCAUGUGUCCAGUACUUCACAUCUCUUGCAUUACGUGAAAGUAGUCAGACUCUUGCUGCAAAAAGGGGAGGCUUAUGGUGUUUUGGAGGAAAUGGACUUCCAUAUUGUGACACGUUGAGUAAAAUUCCUUCAGAGACAGUAGAACUCUUCUGCUUGCAAGCAUUAGUGCAACAUUCUAAGGUUUCUUCUCACUGUGAUAAAAUUGAAGCAAAAGGAGGCCUGCAGCUACUACAGAGGAUAUACCAGCUCCGUAAAGAUUCUGCAAAAAUACAAAGGAACAUAAUUCGCAUUAUUGGAAAUAUGGCUUUGGAUGAACGUCUUCAUUCAUCCAUAGUACGUGCAGGUUGGGUUUCUGUGCUUGCUGAAGUAAUGAAGUCUCCGCAUGUCAUUCAGUCUUCUCAUGCAUCCAGAGCUUUGGCUAACCUGGACAGGGACACAGUGCAGGAAAAGUAUCCAGAUGGAGUUUAUGUUUUGCAUCCGCAGUAUCGUAGCAGUCAGCCCGUCAAAGCAGACAUCCUUUUCGUUCAUGGUCUUUUGGGAGCAGCAUUUAAAACCUGGCGGCAACAAGAUAGAGACCGGUCUUCGGAUCAAAAGGCUUCGGAAGGGGAAGAGGACUAUAGCCAGUGCUGGCCAAAGACAUGGUUGGCAUCAGACUGUCCAGCCCUUAGGAUUAUAUCUGUGGAGUAUGACACCCAUCUGAGUGACUGGAAGGCAAAAUGUCCAGUUGAGGCCCACAGAAAGUCGAUUGCUUAUAGGAGCAACGAGCUGCUUGACAAGCUCAGAGCUGCUGGUAUUGGAGAGAGGCCUUUGGUGUGGGUCUCACAUAGCAUGGGAGGUCUUCUUGUCAAGAAGAUGCUUGUGGAUGCUUCCAAGAAUCCAGAAAUGGAUAAAAUUGUAAACAACACCAGAGGAAUCAUAUUUUAUAGUGUUCCUCACCAUGGUUCCCAGCUGGCUGAAUAUUCUAUAAAUGCCAGAUAUCUUCUCUUUCCAUCUGCGGAGGUUAAAGAACUCAGCAAGGAUUCUCCAGCCCUUAAAGAGCUCAAUGAUGACUUUCUGUCUUUUGCCAAAGAGCAGAAAUUUCCAGUCCUGAGUUUUGCAGAAACUUUACCAACACAUAUAGGCAGCAUGAUAAAACUGCAUGUCGUACCCCUGGAAUCAGCAGAUUUGGGUAUUGGAGACCUCAUUCCAGUGGAUGUUAAUCAUCUAAAUAUUUGUAAGCCAAAGAAGAAGGAUGCUUUUCUGUACCAGCAAACGCUGAAGUUCAUUCAGGAGGUUUUAGCCAGAGAACUUGGAAACUGAGCUUUUGCCACCGUCGCUUGCUCGUUUCAUCCAUGUGGUGUAACCCAGGAAGGUUCUUCCCCUGG